AUGGACUGGUGUAUACUUGUGGACAUCCUCCCACUUACCAGCAUCCUGUACUCUAGUGACGGAUGUGAAUGCCCCAUCAAAAACAACUGUAGCUGUGGUAUUGAAGACUCCUCGACAUUAGAUCUAAAUGGGAGGCAGAACGCCUUUGGAAACAGAAACGAUUAUUUCAAUGGAUCAAGAAAUAACACAAGUAUUCCUACAGCAACAUUGGAAUAUGAAGACCCCAUUUACAAUGCAGUUAUAGUUGUUGAAAAAAUAACCAUACCAGUUAUAUGUGUUUUUGGACUUGUGGGCAACACGCUGUCCACGUUGACUUUCCUUCGUAUUCCUCUUCGUAGAGCGCAUUGUUCUAUCUAUCUUGCAGUAAGGGGAAUGAGCGACAAUGGCUUCUUGAUAAGCCUUUUGAUGACUUGGGUUUCAAGUGUUUUUGAACUAAGACUAAGUCGGCUCAAAGGUGUGUGUCAAGCUAUUAUUUUUACGACAUAUGUCUGUGGAUGUGUGUCUGUGUGGUUGUGCGUGUUCAUAACGGUUGAGAACUUCUUACUUAUUAAAAACCCAAUUAUGGCUAGACGAAUGUGCCGAGAUAUCAUUGCAAAACAAAAUAUAUUACCCAUUGCGAAAGUAACAAAAAUGUUAUUUGUAGUGUCUUUAGUGUUCUUUGCUCUGAACCUCCCAAGCCAUGCUAUCCGUUUAUGGCUUCUUGUGAAUUAUUUUAUAAAAGGACAAUCGUCGACAACGACAACAACUGCUACGAUUCAAUCAGCAUUUCAGAUCCUCUAUUACACUAGUUUUUCAAUAAACAUUAUCGUAUACGCUAUAUUUGGCUCCAACUUCCGGCGACUGUUCCGGACAACCUUCUGUCGUUACCAGCCGCCGACUGUCUCUACCCAGGUGCAGACAGACGUAGUGACCCUAGGAAGGAUGCGACGUCAGUCGAACAAUGCUACAUCGGAGAUCAUAUCAAAUGGCUGUGAUUGUCAACUACUUGCGCCUACUAUUGUUGAAAGGUGUCAAACCAACUGA